CUCUGUUCGACGUUUCGCAAAUAGAAUGAAACGGUCUCCUUAGAAUGCAAAACAAGUGUCUUCGGCGUGAUAAGAGCGGCAAUCAAACGAUUUCAUUAUUUGGAGACACAAUUACCAGUUGGAAAAGUAUGCCCUAGGAGCAGUCGCUGGAGAGGCUACGUAGUCAUCGUUACCAGCGAUAUGCAGAAGCAAGAGGAGGUGCUGUCGCGCCUGCGCCAGAUACUAAACAUAUUUUUGCGCGAUAACUUUUCCACAACCAACAAUGUUUACUUUGAGAAGCUCCUCACGAAUUUGCAGGCCAAGGAGAAUGCAUAUGUGCUGCAGGCUCCUUUUGUGGUCGACUGGGUGGACAAGUGCAUGACCAUGGUUAUGGAGGACUUCGACAAAGUUCACCCGAAAGUGGUAUCUUUUAUGCUCAAUCUGACCAGCUAUCUGGCGGCCAAUGAAUGGAUGAUCCUGCGGUUGCGGGAGUUGGACAUUGUUAACAGAACAAUAAAAUUCUUACAAAUGGAUCGGUCCUACAGCCCCUCAAUUAAAUUGGGGGGCAUCAGACUUAUGAAGGGGAUCGUGGUAUAUAGCAUGGGGCUGGCUUUCCUGCGUAUUCAUCGAGCAUGGAAACUACUCAUCCAGUACUCGAACAAUGAUCACACCGUGUAUGUGGUGCGGGAGGCCAGGGAACUGCUCUUCGAGAUGCUGUACAAAUUUUGCGAUAAGCUUCAUGAUAAGGCGGUCACCCUGGAGUUGCUGGCCGAGAUCAUGAAGCCGAUUCACGAUAACCUGUAUAAGAUCCAUGAUGGAGAGGGUGAAGUGACUGCGAUCCACAUAAAGGUGGACGACAACGAUCUGCUGCACAAGAUCUCAGCGACCCUGGACCUACUCUCCUAUAUCCUGCAACAGACGCUGCUGCUGGAGGAGAGAACCAAUUUAGUGGCCUUACUUAAGGAGUACCACGAGUUCGAUUUUACAAUUUGGAAACUCAUCGAUAUGACGCACAAUCCAUACUUUAUUGAGAAGAUCUUCACCACGUUAAGUAGCUACAAUUUCGCACUGCUGAUGCACGAGAAGCUCCUAAAUCCAGAAGCCACCGAACCGCCGGAGGAGUUCACUGAAUUCGGGCUGUCAUUUUUCAACCUCAUGAAGUUCUGUAUCACCCGCAAGGAUGGAUUAAGUUUCGUAAAGCUGGCGGAGUUAAAUCACGUUCUAUGGAAGAAGCUAGGUACGAGAGCGCCGAAGGAAAUUGUCAUCCAGCAGGAGCGUGUCACAUUCGAGAAUCAGCUUAUUUGCUUCCAUAUGCUGCCGCUGCUCUUCUCCAUGAAGUACGCAAAAACAAUGGAGGCAGAAAACAAGGUGGAACUGUUCGACGCCUAUGUCGUGAAGCUCUUAGAGAUCUCCUGUGAGCAGACUUUGCGCCUGUGCUACAGCAUGCGCGACGCCUUCUUCACUCCAGACGGCAUGGGCUUGUCGUUGGUGACCCCCGGCUUGGCCAACAAAUGCAUUCACAGUUUGCUGUCAUUGGAGAAGGUGCUGGAUCGUGAACAGGCCGUCACCGUGUGCCAGGCUCUGUUGUAUGUGCUACGGGAAGCUGUGGCCAUGAAUGCCAUUACGAACGACUCUCAGGAUGACUGCCACAGUGUGAGCAGCGCUGGCAGCACCUACCUGGAAUUGUAUCCUCGUGGCACCGAACUGGUCGUCAAUGAUCCACAAGUUCUGCACUCCGUCAUGGUUGGCCUGCGCACCCUGAUAGAGCGGUUCAAAAUAACAUGGAAGGAGUCUGUGGAGACUAUUGGCCUAGUCAACUGCCUAGCUUUCGUUUUAGAAAACACCAACAUGGAUGCCAGAUGUACGGUUCAGGCCUUGAAGCUGGUCCAGCUGGCUGUGGAGCACUUUCUUUCCCCGAACAUGGCGCUGCUGGUAGAUAACCUGCAGGGCUCAGCUUUAGUUUGUUUGGGCCCCAUUAUCGUUAAGCGGAUGCACGACACAAUGUGGGAGGUGCGUGACACCACAUUGGAACUGACCACCUCCAUUGCUAGCAUCUCCCGCGUCAAAUUUCCCGCCUUCCAACGGUUUCUAAUCGACUCGCAGAUACCUCCAAUUGUCUACGAAAUGGCGAAAAACGAUGCAGAGCGCUAUGUACGAGCGUCCGCCUUCAAGUGCCUGGCGGAAAUGGUCUCUAUAAACCUUUUAUGGGAGAAUGGUCUAAGUCAACUGGAUCUUGUGGAUCAUUUACUUUAUGUGAUGUAUCGGGAGAACGAUGAUAUUGUUCGCGCCGAAGCUCUUAUAACUCUUAGAAAGAUUUAUGAGCACCGGAAAAUCCAUCACAAGUACAAGAACACACUAUUCUCCACGCUUAACUAUUGUGUUGUUGGGGACCACCACACCGAAGUGAAAAUGAAUGCGUUGGAGUUCUGGAGGAGAGAGUUCUACCGUCAGUUCACCAACCAAGGCAUGAUAGACGGAGUCUUUCCCACAGUUACCUUCUCCAAGGAGCAGAAAAAGAUUGUCACACUGACAGAAAAGGAGAUCCAGACUAGUAUCGCCAAGGUUUUUGGUGAGGUGCAGCAGUACGGAUACUUUGGUAUAUUACUCAAGUGUCUACGGGAAGAGACCUCUAAAGAGGUGCUGGAAUUUCUCAUUAAGGGAGUAACUAUAAUGAUGGAGAAAUUUGAGAGAUACAAGGGUAUACUGGAGGAAAUUGAAAUGCGAUCGCCCCUGGAUAUGGAACAUUCCUCGUUUAAUUUCCCAUCAGAAGAGCCGACACCACCACCCCAGCAGUCAGAAACCAAACCUCCAAUCAAUCCCAGCGAAGCGGAUGAGAUUAUCGAGGCGAUUCUCAAUUCGCAGGACCUCCAGCUUUUGGAGAAGGCGUUCGAGACUCAAAUGCAGCUUAAUGCAGAUGAGAAACCUUCGGAAAAACGGCAUAUAGACGAGUUCUACUAUAAGCAGUUUGCUAUACCCUUGCGACAGUUUUUUGCGGAGCUGAAGGCUAUCAACCCGGAUCAAAUUCUGAAACAACAAAAGGAGUGGUUCGAGUGCGAGGAGAGCUUCACAUCGCUUCUGGAUGAUAUACUGAGCGCGAUAAAACGAGAUGAUGAGAAUAUGAUCUCGGAUUGCUAUUAAUCCGAGGCUAAGCCUAUUUAAAGUCACUGUGAAGUAAAGUGUUUUUUCCUAACCAGAAACUAUUUUUGAUAAAUUUGUAUGAGAUUUUAUUCCACAUCCAAACAAUAAAAAAAAAUUAAAUUAA